AUGGCGUAUUUGAAGUCAGCCCCUUACCCCGUGCCCGGUUUAGGACUGCAUGGUCUCCCGGUGGAUUCGCUGCAUUCUUCAAUGGGUGGCUAUCCAUCAGGUAAUCAAAGAAAGCAAAGGAGAGAACGAACGACAUUCACCAGAGCUCAGCUGGAUGUGUUGGAAGCGCUUUUUGGCAAAACACGAUAUCCAGAUAUAUUUAUGCGAGAAGAAGUGGCCUUGAAAAUUAAUCUACCCGAAUCUAGAGUGCAGGUCUGGUUUAAAAAUAGAAGAGCGAAAUGCAGACAGCAGCAAAAACAACACAACCAACAACAAAGCGUCGAGAAAACCACAAGAUUAAAGAGUAAAACGGCUACCAUCAUAACGAAAUCUUCUCCGAGUACGCCUGUUUCAGUUUCCAGCAAUAACAACACCAACACUAGGUAUGAAAAUGCUUUAUUAAUAUUGCGUUGA